AUGACAACUAAAACGACUAUUGCCAUAAUCGUCGCUGCCAUAGUUGGAAGAGUUGAGAUGCUUAAAGUCUGCAACAUUGAGACUUGCCCAGACGUGAAUUCCCAUGACAACCUUGUGUUUAGCCAAUUUUGCCGAGAAGCGACAGUAACGAAUGGCGCACUCGAGGACCUUACGAGCGAAUCAGCUUCCGCCGAAACUGUGAAGUUGAAUCGCGUGGUGUUUUUGUCUCUACAUCUCGUUAACAAUCACACGAUCCCUUUUGAACAUACAAAUGUUGACAAGCCGAACAUGAUUGCUACGUCACCUUUUGAGCUUCUAACAAUUAAGAUUUAA